GAACGGUAACACCAUGGAGUUUAUGGAGUAUAUGCUCUGCUACUUGCAACAAUCUUCGUAAUCAUCCUGUUCAAUACAGAAAUCGAAGUUGUAUCGGAAAGUCGAUUUGGGAUGUUCGCCUCAGUUGUAGUUCUGAUUCCAAAUAUACGGAAUCUACUCCUUGUAACCAAAAUGUUGGUUGUCCUGGUGUUUAUUUAAAUUGGGAAAAGUGGAGUGAUUGCUUACGAACAUGUACACCAAAUCGAAAUUUAGCUCCUAUUCAACGUAGGAGUAGGACUUGUGUAGGAGAUACAUUAGGAGUUGGUUGUGAUGGUCCCAGUUAUGAAGUUUUGGCUUGUAAUUUUGAAAUAUAUUGUCCAGAAACUAGAGUUUGUAAAGUUUGGGAUUAUUAUGGUUCAUCCAUUGGAACAAAUGAUGCUGGUAAUCAAUGUUUACGAGUUUGCUUAACUGUAUUGGUAAUAUUACGUAUGCACAUUUUUAGUUAGUAACAACUUGAUGUUUCAUAUUUAUUAUUGCACAUAUUUAGACUGUAAUGAACUGAGUUUUCUUUAAUGCUGUUAUUUUAAUAAACAUUGUUUUGAAA